AUGGGUUCCAUUCGCCAGGCGUUUCCGCCAGGUAUUCAUGUGCCUUGCUUGACCUGGUUCAACCCCGACGCCACCCAGUCGAUCCAUUGGGAACUACAGGAACGGCAUCUUGAAUUCCUCGUCCGCAGCGGUCUUCAUGGCAUUGUGAUCGCUGGUACUAAUGGAGAGGCCGCUACCCUGACUCCCGAAGAGAAAUCGCGUCUGGUGCGCCUGACUCGGUCAACGGCACAAAAGCUCGGGCGGCCUGGCCUGCCCAUUACUUGUGGUACCUUUGGCGGGUGUACCCAAGCUAUCAUUGAAGACACGAAACUGGCUGCUGAGGCUGGGGCAGACUAUGCGCUGGUUCUCGUGCCGUCGUACUUCCAUUUCGCCUUGGACUCGGACGCGAUCGUCGGGUUCUUCCAGGAGGUCGCUUCGGCCUCGCCAAUUCCUAUCGUGAUCUACAAUUUCCCUGGUGUCGCUGCUGGCCUGAAUGUCAAUUCAGAGAUGCUGCAGACUCUGGGCGAGCAUCCCAAUAUCGCUGCGGUGAAGCUCACGUGUGGAACAAUUGCGUCGGUAGCUCGUUCCGCGGCCAAAUUUGGCCGGGCAAUGGAUGGGAAUGCUGCGUUUAUCGCGCUGGCUGGCCAAAGCGACUGGCUAGUACCCUGCCUGAGCGUGGGCGGUGCCGGCUCAGUGACAGGCUUAGCAAACCUAUAUCCAAGGACGCUGGUGGAGCUUUUCAACCUGUACAAAGCUGGGCAGACGGAGCAGGCGGAAAAACUACAACUUCAAAUUGCCGUGGCUGAGUGGGGAUUUGGAAAAGCUGGCAUCAACGGAACCAAAUGGGUGGUGGCCAAAUACCUGGGAUAUCCAGAAGAGAGCUCAUGGUGUCGCCGACCCUAUCCGAAGUUCCUGGAUGAGGAGAAGCAGGCUUGGGUGGUGAAGCAAGUGAAAAUGACGGACCACUUGGAAAAGGAACUUUGA